CGGCGCGCCGAGGAGGCCGCUGGGCGGGAGCCGCGGCCGGGCUUCCGUACCCCGCUGGCCCCUGGCCUCCGCGCUCGCAGAACGCCGCGGCGUCUUCCGGGGCCUGGCGAGCCGGGGACCGAGGGGGCCGGGAGGUGACCCGGCGGGGGCGAAGCCGGCGGGCGGGCGCGGCGCGGGAAGCGACUAUGCGCGGCGUGGGGGAGAUCCUGCGGCCGGCGGCGCAUGGCGCCCGGGCCCUGAACCCACGGCGGGACAUCUCCUCUUGGCUGGCCCGGUGGUUCCCUAGAACCCCAGCCAGGUCCGUGGUGGCCCUGAAGACCCCCAUCAAGGUGGAGCUGGUGGCAGGGAAAACCUACAGGUGGUGUGUGUGUGGCCGCAGCAAGAAGCAGCCCUUCUGUGAUGGCUCCCACUUCUUCCAACGCACUGGCCUAUCUCCACUCAAGUUCAAGGCCCAAGAGACCCGCACGGUGGCACUCUGUACCUGCAAGGCCACUCAGAGGCCCCCGUACUGCGAUGGCACCCACAGGAGUGAGCGCGUGCAGAAGGCAGAAGUGGGCUCCCCACUCUGAGGGGGCUGCUGCUGUCCAGCCACAGGUGGCCUUGGCUCCAGGCCUCUGACAGGCACCCCCUUGUGUGGGAAAGGAAACAGGUGCUGAGCCCAAGAAAGAGAUUCUGGUACCCACAGCUGGCUCUGAAGGAAGAAUUAUUCCUUAUAACCUAAAAGUCUCCAGUCUGGGGCAGGCGGGAGUGGUUCCUGGUUUAAUGUUUGCUGAUGGGGAAGACGGCAAAAACGAGCCUGCCCAACCAGACUGGUGGUCCUGCAGUCACUGCUGUGAGGCCCACGUGCUGCCUCCUGCUCGAUUUUAACCUGUCUGUGGGCUGGGGGCACCUGACCAGCCACAGGAGAGGGCAGUUCAGAUUCAUUCUGUAUGGGGUCCCCAAGCCAGGCUAAAACCAGAGAUGAGAGGCACCCUUCCCUUCUUCCCUCCACCCCAAAGAACUACAGGCUCCAGAAAGUAUGCAGCAUUUAUUACAAAGCCAAGAGAUACAGAUGUCCCAAGGCAAAGGAGGGUACAGUCACAGGACCUCAGACACAGGACAAGGUGCAAACACAGACAAGCCCAUCAGGGGGCUCCCAACCCCACACACCUAGGCUAUGAUGGAAUCUGAGUCUCGGCUCCCGUCUCCUCUCAGAUCUAUGCACACAUGAGGAAAUCUCGGUGGGCAGUGACCUGCCAGGGCCUGUCCCUAAGGAGGUGGUCCGCUGACCUCUCAAGGGUUGGGGGUGUGGUCAGAGCUUACAGGUUUCUGUCUUCUUGUGCUUUUAGAUGCAGUUGCUCUGUCCUGACCAGGUGACCGGGCCUCAGCUGGGGGUGGAGGGGCAAUUGGAAGGCUGUUUGCCUUUGGCAAAGUCUGGGGUCUGUGCUUGUGUGAGGUUAACCCACCCCCACUUCCACUCUAGGCCCCAGGUGCGACUCCACCACCAGUCCUGCUAGUGAGGGUUCCCCGGUGAGGGUAAGGUCGGUGGGGGUGCAGCGCUUCACAAUGCUAAAGCCACAGUGGAACUCCAAGGGCUGAGACCUCUCAGGGCCUGAAUCUUCUUUUCCACAAGAUAAAUGAUGCAAAGGCCACACACACAGGAAAAAAAAAAAAAAAAAAAGCAGAUCUAUUCUUUGCACAAAGUUUCCACUGCAAGAGGAGGACGUGAUGCAGGUCUCACCUCCACCCUGCACUUGCUCCUCAGAACCAGGGAUAAACCGCAUUUGUAAAAGGCACUGUUCUUAGCAAUUUCUGGACAUUCAACAAUGUGGGGGGCGGCCACUGGUCAGAGGCAGGACAGCAGCCAAGAUGGGGAGAGAAACGGGGAGAGAAAGAAACAAUUCUAACUGACUCCUAUAUGCAGCCAGUUGGAAUCGUGCCUAAAGCUUUGGGUCUGAAGGGGCCCCCAACACACCAUCUGCCUUGGGAAACAGCGAGGACGGUGCAGAGCUUUACUGGGCCUCCAGUGGCCCAUCCAGUUCAUCUCCAGGCACUCCCAAAAAGAGCAAAUUACACAAGACCCCCCAAAAAUGAACACCAUUUUCCACACAUACACACACACAUAAAGUUUGUUUCCUGUGGCAUUUAAA